UAUUAGCGACUGCUCUUUCUUCAUCAAAUAUACGCACUUAGGGUUUCGAAAUAACUGCGGAUUCAGGUUUAUCAAUGGCAACAGAACCAAAAGCUGCCACCGACGAUGUCAAGAUCGAUCUCUUCGAAGACGAUGAUGAAUUCGAAGAGUUUGAAAUCGACGAAGAGUGGGAUGACAAAGAGGAAGGGAAAGAAGUGGCUCAACAGUGGGAGGAUGAUUGGGAUGACGAUGAUGUUAGUGAUGAUUUUUCUCUUCAGUUAAGAAGGGAGUUGGAGAGUAAUACUGAUAAGAAUUAAACCACGUGAGACUUGGGUGCUUGAUCACUUGGAAGGAGAUCUAUGCUUUGUUAGGAAGGAGAUGUAAGAACAUACGGACAUAAUUUUCUGUUCUUUCCUGAAUAUCUGCUUAGAAGUUAUUGAGUGUUUGUACAUUAAUCAAAUUCUGCAUUAUUAGGUGGAGUAUGGCUUUAAAAGUUGACUUAAAACCUUGAAUUUUUCGUUCUUAUUUUCAUUA